AUGUCGCUGCUGACGAAUGUCUAUCAUCUGCGCCGUGUCGCAGACACCUUUUCAAAAGCAUGUUUGAUAUGCCACAAGCCGUCAACCAGUGUGUUGAUCACGCCAGAUAACAGGGAUUUCUUCUACGUGUGCCCCGCACACUUACAAGACCGCCACUUCUGCUCGCCCAUCAUCAACGCAGAAGCAGAAGCAGCGCGUCGCAAGGAAGAAGAGAUGGCGAAAGAGAUUGAAAAGGUCAAAAAGGAAUAUGAGGAUAAGCAAAAGCGCAAGAAAGAGCGAGCUGCCAAGGACGGCAAGGAAAAGAAAGAUGAUAAAGACGAGGGCAAGUCUAAGGAAGAAGAGAAAGAACGAGAUUCUAAAGGUGAUGAAAAAGAUAGAGAUGACAAGAUUGACUCGAUUCGGAAGGCUGGAGAGUCUAAGGCGGAUGAUUCUCAGAGAGUGUUUGCUCUUCACAAGAACUUCUAUCAGAUGCGCAUUGAUCGGUUGCGAAAUAUCGAAAUGGCCAAGAGGAACCAAGAGAGAAUGAAAAACCCUGCUCUAUUCCCAUCAGUUCCGAAAAGAGACCUCUAA